AAACGGUCCGACGCACUGGAGUCUUCACGAUCCCCCAAACACGCCGGGGCCCCCCUGAGUCAGCUGCUAAAAAAGACACGCCUUGAUUCGCUGCUGGCCUCGUGCCCAAGCGCUUGUUCGUUGAAAUAUCCAGACAAAAAAGAAGCGCCGCUUGGCAUUGUGCGCAAUCUUAACGCGACUACACUACGGCGAGUGCAUUGCCAGUCUUGGCCUCGACAGCCCGUCUUGACUUGGAUGCUCGUCUACCUGAGGGUAUUGCGCCAAGCCCCAUUACCAGACGGCAGAUACCUGUCCACGCACGCCUUUGAGUAUUUUCGGUCUUACGCAGUCACACUGCCACGCACCGCAGCCUGUCCCCCCGGGGCGCCGUCGGGCUUAUUGCACGCUCACCUGUCAUGGAACAUGGAAGGGGGAUGCAUCUUAGCGGUGGUUAGUAGCACGAGCUUACCCCAAUUCUCCCCCCGGGCGUACAAGCAGUACGUAUGCCAGCACUGUCACUUCUUACUCUCGUAUCCGCAUCAGCGCCUAGUGUUCCGUGACCGGCGAUCUGGACAGCCCGGCUUUGGUCAUCGCAAAAGCCAGAUCCGUUGCCCGCACCUCUAGGCCUUGGUGCUUACCAAGUGGCUGGCUUUUGCUUUCCGUCUCUUUGUCCCCGCACCCAAUCAACUUCCUACGACUGUGUAGACGGCGAAGUGAUUGGUACCUCCCAUCAAGGGAAUAUUACAUUGGCUCCAAGUCGGCGAUUGUCUCACUAGCCGACUGUCAAGAGACGGGACAGACGAAACAGCGCCUCUUGUCAACCGUAUUCCAGGCACCAGAUCUCUUUCAGGAUAAGUCACCAACUAUCGUGUUGCCGGGUGUUGGGCAUACUGUCUUCCCCGCCUAUUCUUACAGUGUGUCAUAUAUCCCGCCUCGUCAAGCCAUCUGCCUCAACAAUCGAACCACUUCCAAAACGGCUCAA